CCCGCCAUUUGAGCACCCACCCAAUCUGCUCUACUAAACACAUUUCUCUAACAUCAUCUCAGACUAAUAUAUUUAUAUUCAUCACUUGCCUUGUCUCCUUGUGCACAAGCUCACAAAAUCACCUGAAGAUGGCUGAAGCUACUCCAAUUAAGCCCCACAAAUCUCCUCUCAAGAAACUCAAACACUCACCCACUCAUUCCUCCCCUAAAUUUGCAAUCCCAGCGACCCCAGAUACCGCAGCUGCCGCGACGCCUCGCCGCUCUCUGCGCUUCAUUUCCACCCCUCAGCAAUCAUCCCCAGCUCCCCAAUCUUGCCCCAAAUCGUCUCGGCGUGCGCUGUCUUAUAAACCCCCAAUUAAGGCGCCCAAACCCCAGAUCCCCAAAACCCCCAAAAGCGAUGCAAUUGAGGCGGUGCUGUCUCCGGUGUCGCCGGAUAGGCUGGAUGUGAAGAAAAGGAGGAAUCUUGGUGGGAGAAAAUCGGCAAUUGGGGUGCAGAAGAAGAGGGUUUAUUAUAAGAGAGUGUCGUAUGAUGGGGGUGAGUUUGCGGUUGGGGAUGAUGUGUAUGUCAAGAGAAGGGAGGAUGCGAGCUCGGACGGGGAGGAUCCUGAUGUGGAGGAGUGUAGGGUUUGUUUUAAGGCGGGGAGGGCUGUGAUGAUUGAGUGUGAUGAUUGUUUAGGGGGGUUUCAUUUGAAGUGUUUGAAGCCGCCGCUUAAGGCUGUUCCGGAUGGGGAUUGGAUUUGUGGGUUUUGUGAGGCGAGGAAGUUGGGGAAGAAGGUGGAGUUGCCUGUGCCUCCUAAAGGGAAGAAGUUGGCUAGGACUGCCAAGGAGAAGCUUCUUACGAGUGAUUUAUGGGCAAUUCGGAUUGUCAGGUUGUGGAGAGAGGUAGAUGGUACUUACUGGUUUCGGGGACAGUGGUAUGUGAUUCCUGAAGAAACUGCUUCUGGUAGACAGCCUCAUAACUUGAAACGGGAGCUCUAUAGAACAAAUGACUUUGCUGAUAAUGAGAUGGAAUCUAUCCUCAGACAUUGCUAUGUAAUGAACCCAAAAGAAUUUGCAAAUGCAAACAAUGAAGGGGAUGAUGUUUUCUUCUGCGAAUAUGAGUAUGAUAUGCGCUGGCAUAGUUUCAAACGUAUUGCAGAUAUUGAGAAAGAGGAAGGGGGUAGUGAAGAAGCUGGCAAGGAUGAAGAUUGGAAUCCUGACAAUGAUUCAGACUCAGAGCUAGAGUCAGAAGAUGAAGAAGACUAUGACUACGAAAAUGAAAAAAGCUUUAAUUUAUCAAAUGGACCAUCUCCAGUUCGUCUGGCUGCGAACUCACAGAAGGGAAGAAUCUUUGGACUUCAACGGAUAGGGAUGAAGAAAAUACCAGAACAUAUAAGAUGCCACAAGCAAACAGAACUUGAAAAAGCAAAAGCCACCCUUCUGUUAGCAACUCUGCCCAAGUCUCAGCCUUGUAGAACUAAAGAAAUGGAAGAGAUAACUGGCUUUAUAAAGGGUGGCAUAUGUGAUUCCCAGUGUCUAGGGCGUUGCCUCUACAUUCAUGGCGUUCCUGGUACUGGCAAGACAAUGAGUGUGCUUUCUGUUAUGAAGAAUAUAAGGUCUGAGGUUGAUGCAGGAAGUAUUAACCCUUACUGUUUUGUUGAAAUUAAUGGUCUUAAACUAGCAUCACCGGAGAAUAUAUACAAGGUAAUUUAUGAAGCAUUAACUGGACACAGGGUUAACUGGAAAAAGGCACUCCAUCUUCUGAAUGAAAGAUUUUCAAGUGGAGCAAAAAGGGGCGAUGACCGUCCUUGUAUAUUACUUAUUGAUGAGCUUGAUCUUUUGGUGACUAGAAGUCAAUCUGUCUUAUACAACAUUCUUGAUUGGCCGACUAAACCACAUUCCAAGCUACUUAUAAUAGGGAUAGCAAAUACCAUGGAUCUUCCAGAAAAGUUGCUACCACGCAUAUCUAGCCGCAUGGGCAUCCAAAGACUAUGCUUUGGUCCUUAUAACUAUCAGCAGCUUCAAGAAAUCAUUUCAAGCCGCCUCAAAGGAAUUAAUGCAUUUGAGAAACAGGCUAUUGAAUUCGCUUCUAGAAAGGUGGCUGCUGUCUCCGGAGAUGCUCGGCGUGCACUUGAGAUUUGCAGGCGUGCAGCAGAACUUGCUGAUUAUCGUAUGAAGAACUUAUUGGAAUCCAGUACUAGUUCCGAAGAAAACAUUCUUGUUGGCAUGGCGGAGGUGGAAGCAGCCAUAAAGGAAAUGUUUCAGGCUCCUCAUAUUCAGGUAAUGAGAAGUUGUUCCAAGCUUGGCAAAAUCUUCUUGGCAGCUUUGGUGCAUGAGUUCCAUAAAACUGGAAUGAGUGAAACUACAUUUGAGCAGUUGGCAGUUACUGUCUGUUGUUUCUGUACGAGUAAUGGAGAAGCAUUCCCCGGUUGGGACUCACUUUUAAAAGUUGGCUGUAAACUUGGAGAGUGUAGAAUCAUUUUGUGUGAAGCAGGAGCUAAACAUAGGUUACAAAAAUUGCAGCUCAACUUUCCAAGUGAUGACGUAUCAUUUGCACUGAAAGACACUCAGGAAGCACCUUGGUUAGCCAAAUACCUCUGAGUCGAUAAUAACAUAAAGGGAGCAUGCAACACUUCGCAACAAUCAUGAGUUCUAAAAUUUUUCCGCAACAUUCAGAAAUCUCACUAUUUAUGUUGUACUUGUUCAAUCAUACCAUUAUUUCAUUGAUUAUCAUUCUUAAAUAUGAUCAGAGAUAUCUGCAGUUCUCGAGGACUAUACUAUAUUUAUAAAUUGUAACUGUACAAGUUCGUUCUGAAUAAAAAAGGUUGAGGAUUCUAACCAGA